AUGUCUCCUCUUGGUAAGGCAAUCGUGAAUAAAAUAUGUGCAGGUCAGGUCGUGGUAACACUGGCUUCUGCUAUCAAAGAAUUGCUGGAAAAUAGCAUCGAUGCGGAAGCAACAAAAAUAGAUAUCCGUCUCAAGGAUUAUAGUUGCGAAUCUAUUGAGGUGGUGGAUAAUGGUCUUGGGAUCGAAGAAGCUCAAUUUGAAAGGAUAACACUGCACUUCAAAACUGCGCUCAUUUGA